GGUAAGUCCGGUUUAGGAUACCUGGGUUUCACCAAGGUGAGGCGACCCGGGUUUAAAUCCCGGCAAUGGCAAAACCCCGUUGAACCUCAAAAGGGUUUUAGAUUACGAGCUUCUAAGAAAGAGAGUAGAUGAGUGGGGCAGGAGCACCAGAUUUCUUCUACAGAGAGGCUCAACGCCUUGGCUAUGUCGCACGCUCCGCCUUCAAGCUGCUUCAGAUGCAGAAGCAGUACAAACUGAUAACACCUGGUUCGUCCGUUCUCGACCUCGGCUGCGCCCCCGGUGCUUGGCUUCAGGUGGCUUGCCAGAGUUUGGGUCCGCUCAAAAAUGGUGGGGUGGUUGUGGGCAUUGAUAUCAAGAAGGUGAAGGUUCCUUCUCUUCACUGUGAUGCAAGGGUUAAAACUGUUUCUGCUGAUGUCAUGAACCUCUCCAAAGACAAAGUUAGGGCACUCUCUCCUCAGCAGAGAGGAUUUUCUGUAAUACUCUCAGAUAUGUGUCCCUUGGUUUCCGGAAUCACAACAAGGGAUGCAGCUUUAUCAGUUGAGUUAGGAAUGCGAGCACUUGAUUUGGCUGUUGGUGGGGCUGCAUUACCUAAUCUGGGUGAUAAACCGGAUGGCCCAGCCUCUGAUUCAGAUAAUAACGGUGUAUUGAAAGCAGGAGGCCACCUUGUCAUUAAGCUUUUGGAGAGUGAAGAUGUGCAAGGUUGGAUUUUAUUUCAUAGAUCUAAAAUUAUUUUUUCUGCUGAUUUGUUUGCAUAUUUUUCUUUCUUUUUGCCUUUUGCUUUACAGAAUUCAGCCGGAUAUGCAAGCCACUCUUUAGAAAGGCAUCCUGGCUGAGGCCUAAAGCUACAAGAUCUUCAUCCAGAGAGAAUUAUUUGAUAUGUCAAGGUUUGCAGUCACAAGCCAGGAUGUAGCUUUUUUGUUCUAUAUUUGGCUUCUAGCACCAUACGCAGGUAGCCAAAAGUAAAAAUAGCUGGGCAAAUCACGUUUUGGCGAAAUGGUUCCGUUGUAGUAGGAAAUAUAUAGCACUUUGUAACCUGCAAUGCCGUGUUUAUUAAUUUUAUAUGGGAAUAAAUAAGCUUGGUUCCCAACCAUAACUCACAUGUAAGAAACCUGCAAUUUCAUUUUGAA